GCUCCUCCGUGUGAGUGGGUGCUUGGUUGAGAGUUUCGUUAGUGGGUUAUGUUAUAUAUAUGAUUAGGCUGAGCCUACCUAUUGUCGUAGAAACCCGGCUCUCGUUGCUCUUGAAGUUCUUUUUCGCUAUCCUUCGUUAUAUUCGUGCCUCCCAGUGAGCGGACAGCCGUUGAGCGGUAUAAUUAAUCCACGUUCCUUUUUAAUCCAAUAGGCAGGCCCGAAAAGCUUGUCCUAGAGCUUUCGCUACACAAUCUGACUGUCUUAUCUGUCUGUCGCUAUCUUGUUAAUACCUCUCUGUUCUUUCGAUAAUAGUCAUGAUGCGGUUCCUCAUCAGCUCUAUUCUCCUCGCCGCUUCAGUCGAGGCGAGGCCAUUCGGCCCAACUGUUAGACGAAAUGAGGUUGAUUUAGGGGGAUUAACGAUCAAGGCAGCCAACAGGCUCAUCCCCGUCGUCGUGGGAGGACAGCAAGAUGUCUUCGUGCCCAAUGUAGUAACGGCAGCCGUCGGCGACAUCAUACAAUUCCAGUUUAGCAACGGAAACCAUACCGUCACCGAGAGUACCCUGGAGGCCCCGUGCCGACCGCUCCAAGCCACUGAUCCGACGGCAAUCCAUAGCGGGCAUAUUCCAUUCCAAGACGGGCAGACAACAGUCGGCACGUUCAAUAUGCCCAUAACCAGCACAAAAACUUUGUUCCUAUACUGUGCGACGGGACCUCACUGCCAACUGGGCCAGGUCCUAGUCGUCAACCCCACCAAUGAUCAGCAGAUCGUCGACUACGCCAAGGGGUCGGCAGCAGCGGCCGAGAAUAUCGAUGGUACUACGGUGUCGGGCGGAACGGUGGCUUCGAUUCCCCUCGAGGCUGCCGCGUUUAUUCCUGCGCCGGUGCAGGAUGGACCCCCGGGCGGCGCUGCUCCCCCCGCAGCCGAGGCCCCCGCCGCGGCGCCGGACAACGCGGGGGUGCCCAUCCAGACCAUCACCGCCAUAAUCCCCCCCGAGGGAACGACAAUCACCAUCCCACUUGCUGGCGUUGCCGACGCGGCCACUUUGCCCGGCACGACUACGGUCAUUGUGACGGUACCGGCGCCGACCUCGACGCCUCCCGCUGCUUAGGUGGUCGAGGCCGGGCUGAGCCGGGUCGAGCAGCAACGCGGUAUUUUGGGUGGAGAUAGAAGUGUAUCAAUUGACGUUUUCGUUCCUGUAUGUAUUAAAACCAACGUUAGGCGGGCGUCGGAUGCCGUAUCUUGGCUGGCCGGGAGGGGGCAGGCUUCAUGAUGAUUAUUAGACAAUGCGAUAUCCUUGGAGGUACGCCGGGCCCAUUGGGUCAAUUUCGAAAGUGAACUAGGUUUAUUAUGAGAUUAGUAGUAACUUGUGAUGCGAGUCGCUCUUCGUGAGCUCUUCACGAAACCUAGAGAGAUACCGUGUCGUGGCCGGGUGUGUAAACCGGCGAAUCGGUUGGUAUUGUGUAUUAUUAGCCAUGAGAGCCGUGUUGUUACGCGCGGGGCGCCUCUAUGUGUAUCAACCGGAGAUUGGGGGUGAAUGUGUCUGUGCCCAUGGAGAAAAGGCAUUAUGGAAAGCAUCGUGAUGUGAUGCCGAGCAGGCAGGCUAUGCAGGCACCUGAAAUGAAUAUCAUCCGACGGCCUCGGGGGUUGACUGGGUGUUGUCGAGGCUGACCUGUGGUGGCGUUGAAGAUAUUGGAUUGUUUAUUGGGUUGGGCUCCGAGAGAUCAACCUCGACGUCUAUC